AAGCACAUGAUUUGGAUGAAAGUGACUCAACAACACUCAGGUGUGGCCUGAAGACGUCGGGCCGUGGACCAGUCUAAGGCUCCGAACUUUCCUGAGUCAACCCCCCGGAACCAAGACGUCUGGAACGGUCAACAGAUUCUCGUAUUUCUUCUUCGGACUGACCAAUUGCACAAGUCAUCGUUUUGGUGAUCGCAUUUGAUCAUUUUGUAGCACGACGCGUUUGAAAUACGCAUAGAAAAUUAGCUACUCUAGAGGAAUUAUUCCUAUACCGUUAUCUAGCCGAGUUGUGUUUUGCGUUUAUCAAAUUUCCAUGAGAAAGUAACUUUUAACUUCGUCUGUGGGCGAGCGGCUUACUAAUGGCAAUCCCCAAAGAUCCCGGAUACAAACGAAUCUAGCCUCAGCUCAGACAGUCCCUGCUGAUCCUAGCUGCUGAUAAUGUCCUCUGGUUACAUGGGUAUGGUCCAAAGAAGGGAGCUGAGGAAAGCCUGAAACAAACCAAAUACUGUGAAGUACUGUGCACCCACCAUUUCUCCGCCCAUAGCUCAGAGAGGAAGUGAAACCAAGGGAUUGAGACCGAAGCAGUUCAAUGGAUGAAAACGUUGCAUGGACUGUAGAUUGAAAGAGGAAGAACUUCAUCCUUUCAGAUUUUUGCUUUUGAUCUCUGCUUGUACAACCUUUCAGGCCUGUUCUUUUGUUUCUUGUAAGAGGUGCGUGUUAACUUGACGCAGAGAUGACAGUGAGACUGUGGGAUAAGCAAAAGUGCUAACUGAGAAGAGCAGUGACGUGAAUCCUUACAUCCAUAUGCCACCCACUGGAAUACCUAAGUAUUAGCUAAUCAAGCAACAACAAUCCGUCUACCUUGGACACAGACCAACAACUGAGCACUUUCAGAUGCUCAUGGAUGUAGUGACUGACUGCCAGAACGCAAUUUGAUGAGGAUAGUCUCUUUGCUCUUGUGUAGAGUUUAACGUGUCAGAAGUCCUUCACCGUCUGUCACUGCAGCCCAACUUUAAGGGGGAAAAACACUUUACUGGACUGAUGGAAAGAGAACUUAGGUAAACCUGUGAUGAGUCGGAAUGUGGUGCUGCAAAUAACUGGGAAUCCCCUACUGGAGUUAGUGGGAGGAACUGGAACUGAGGUGGAACCAGAACCAACCGAGGCCUAAGCACGAGAACGGAAUGCCAUCUACUAAACUGGAAAUACACUUGAUUUAACUGCGUUGGGGGGGAGACUGUUUCAUCCUGGGAUUUGGGAAGACUGGAAUCUGUUCCUGUGGAACUACAUUUAUUGGGAGAGGAUUACUGAAACCAACAGAGCACUGUCUGCAGAAAUGGCGGGGCCGGGAAAGGACUACAACCAUCUCUUCAAACUGCUCAUCAUUGGAGACUCCAAUGUAGGGAAAAGCAGUCUACUACUACGAUUUGCAGAUAACUCCUUCUCUGGUAGCUACAUCACUACGAUCGGCGUGGAUUUUAAGAUCCGUACGGUGGACAUCGACGGGGAGCGAGUCAAACUGCAGAUCUGGGACACGGCGGGCCAGGAGCGCUUUAGGACCAUCACCUCGACGUAUUACAGAAAUACCCACGGCGUGAUUAUUGUUUACGACGUCACCAACCCAGAGUCGUUUGUGAACGUGAAGAGGUGGCUUAAUGAGAUCACUCAGAACUGUGACAACGUCUGUAAGAUCCUAGUGGGGAACAAGAAUGACGACCCCUCCAAGAAGCAGGUGGACUCCCAGGAUGCAAUGCGUUUCGGGGAGUCGGUGGGCGUCCGGGUAUUUGAGACGAGCGCCAAAGAAAACAUCAACGUGGAAGAGAUGUUCAUGGCUUUCACUCACAUGGUCCUUCGGACAAAGAAGCAGAGUCAGAGUCGUGCAGAGAGAGAGCGGGAACGAGAGAAGGAAACGGUCGACAUCAACUCUCACAGACACAGAGAGAGGAGGAAGAGGGGGAAGAAGUGUUGCUGAGGGAGAGAGGGAGAGAAAGGAAGGAGAUUGUCUAAGAACAGGACAGACCAAUGGAGAGUCGAGCAUCUAAAGUAUGUCUGCACUCAUGGGGAAAGAGCCAGGACAUUACAUGUUGACAUUGCACUGAGACAAGAUUACAAGAGGGUAAGGACAGAGAACCACUGUUACGUGCCGAAUUUUUACCUUAGCAGUUAUUUUUUAUGAAUGCAUAUUAAUGUCAUUUUAUCAUUAAAAGGGAAACUGGAUCCCCACUGUGUCAAACUGUCAUUAAAACCCCUAAUUUAGGAAAUACACUAAUGACUUCAAAAGUGACUAGAGUGAUGUAUCUGUCUUAUUUGUAAUGAAAAAGACUUGUGAAAAAUGUAACGUCUAAAUAAACAGUGAGCAAUAAAGUC